CUUUUGCUUCAGAUACUGAUAUCCCAGCCCCUCUGAGCAUCCCUCGUGAGCUGCGAGCACUGAGGAUCACUCAGGGUUAUCGGACGUACAGUGGGAGAGCCAUCACUUUUCUAAAUCAUUAUCUGCUACUGGACAUCUUUUACAAAAACCAAACUAGACCUGAGUCUAAUAGAUGUGUUCUAGGACAAAGAAAAACCUACAAGUUGUUGUUAACGUCUAAUGCACAAGUAUGUUAGGCUUCCACCAAAGUCCUCAGUAUCCCUGAACAUGCACAAUAUCUUAACCUUCACAUUUGGUUUUGGAAUCUGCUUUGAGGUCUCCUCCUCUUCUUCUUUUUUAAAAUUUUUUUUUUAAGUAUACAGACCUACCUACAUAUAGACAUAUAUAUGUAUAUGUAAAAGAGACACAUCACAGAUAAGCAAACUCUGCUUUAGUUUCCACCAAGAUUACAAAGAAUUUAGAGAUGUAUUUGUCAAGAUUCCUGUCGAUUCAUGCCCUGUGGGUUACAGUGUCCUCAGUGAUGCAGCCCUACCCUUUGGUGUGGGGACAUUAUGACGUGUGUAAGACUCAGAUUUACACAGAAGAAGGGAAAGUCUGGGAUUACAUGGCCUGUCAGCCGGAAUCCACGGACAUGACAAAAUACCUGAAAGUGAAACUGGAUCCUCCGGAUAUUACCUGUGGAGACCCUCCUGAGACAUUCUGUGCAAUGGGCAACCCCUACAUGUGCAAUAACGAGUGCGACGCGAGCACCCCCGAGCUGGCGCACCCCCCCGAGCUGAUGUUCGAUUUUGAAGGAAGACACCCCUCGACGUUUUGGCAGUCCGCCACUUGGAAGGAGUACCCCAAGCCUCUCCAGGUUAACAUCACUCUGUCUUGGAGCAAAACCAUCGAGCUCACAGACAACAUAGUCAUUACCUUCGAGUCGGGGCGCCCGGACCAGAUGAUCCUGGAGAAGUCUCUGGAUUACGGGCGCACGUGGCAGCCCUAUCAGUACUACGCCACGGACUGCUUGGACGCGUUCCACAUGGACCCCAAGUCCGUGAGGGACUUAUCCCAGCACACGGUCCUCGAGAUCAUUUGCACAGAAGAGUACUCCACGGGGUACACGACCAACAGCAAAAUCAUCCACUUUGAAAUCAAGGACAGGUUCGCGUUUUUCGCGGGACCUCGGCUGCGCAAUAUGGCUUCGCUCUACGGACAGCUGGACACGACCAAGAAACUCAGAGAUUUCUUUACAGUCACAGACCUGAGGAUAAGGCUGUUGAGACCAGCCGUUGGGGAGAUAUUCGUCGAUGAGCUGCACUUGGCGCGCUACUUCUACGCGAUCUCAGACAUAAAGGUGCGAGGAAGGUAAGAGAACGUCUGUCUGCCUGGAAUGGAAAUGGGUGU